GUGAUACAUAGAUAAAUCAGUUAACCAUAUCCAGUUUAUUUAAAUAAGCCAGAGGUUUCCGUAUAAAUCGGUUGAAUACAUAGUUUGUAAGUAUUUAAUCUGUCAUUACUACGUCUACAGGUAAUCGAUUAUUAUUAUCAUCAUCAUUAGGAUACCUGACCUUUAGACUACUGAACUGGCAUCCAAUGUCUAACUUAAGUCAAUUUAUUAUAAAAGAAGUAGAUGUGAGCUUGUUUUAUGUAUUAUCGUCCUUUCACUAAAAAUAAUUGAUAGUAAUUUAGUUCAGGUAUCUUUGCAUUUCCUGUCACUUAUAUCCGUACUCCAUUCCCAAUAAAACCAUUUAAAAAAUUUUCAGCCAUUUUUUAUUCUCAUUUUUAUUAAUAUGCACCCCUUUGGUGCGCGCUCUUGAUUUACGAUACUUUGUUAGAUAAUAUACUAGUGGAGUCAUCUUGCUGAGAUACUGAAUAGCUUUAUUUUCGACUGAAUUUUGUGAAUAUCCUCAGUUUUUAAUCACACCCCUCUGCAACGCGUCCUUUUUAGAGGAUACUAGCAAAAUAGAAAUCUCAAGGAUGAUAACUAGUUGCGGUUCGUUUCGUAAAAAUGGCGGUAAAAUAUAAGCAUACUGAAUUUAAAUAAUUGUUAUGUAUAUUCUCAUCGGAUUUCGCAUGUUUUCUGAUCCUGGAUAGAUGUAAUACUCACUACUUGUUAAAUCUCAUUUUCCAGGAAGAGGAAGCAUCUUAAAUACGAACUCUCAAUGUCCGAUGGAUAGCGAAGAUUCAUAUGAUGAAAGUUCCAUCUCGACCAGUGAAUCAAAUUUUUCGACAUGUAAUUCAUCAGAUUCUUCCGACUUUACUGAACAACAAUUUCAACACAGAAACAGGUUGAAAGGUCCUAUAAUAAAGUCAUUCCCUGUAAGAAGAACAAAGCCCAAUGUGUGUGCCAAUAAAGGCUCGGUAUCGGCUCAUAGGAAGCGCACUCCUAGUCAGGUGUCCCGUGGUGAGUCUUUUCUUAAUUUAAGUUCUACGAAUUCGGAAUAUGGAUGGUUACCUGGUCGUGAACAAGAAUUUGAAAAUAUUUAUACAUUCAUACUCAAUAAACUAUCUCAAAAUUCUGGCGGCUGUAUGUAUAUAUCUGGUAUUCCGGGUACUGGUAAAACAGCAUCAGUUCAAGCGGUACUGUCAACGAUGCAUAAAUUGGUUGCUGAUUCAGGUUUGGAAAGCCAAAUACCCACAUUCCAAGUAAUCUAUGUUAAUGGCAUGCGUGUCAGUGAUCCCAAGCAGGUUUACGUGGAGAUAUAUGAACAACUAACUGGUUUAACUGCAACUGCAAAAUGUGCUUCUGACUUGUUAGAAAAAGAAUUUUGUCAUAAUGUAAUUAAAAAAGUAUCUCAUAGUAAAGUUUCUGAAAAACCAGUUGUUUUAGUCAUUGAUGAAUUGGAUUUGUUAUGUACUCGUCGACAAAACAUACUCUACAGUCUUUUUGAUUGGCCUACACGCCAUAACAACCAUCGUGUUUUAAUAGUAUUGGCUAUUGCCAAUACCAUGGAUUUACCGGAACGUUUACUUCAUCCACGAGUAGCCAGUCGUUUAGGCUUAACUAGACUUACUUUCGCACCUUAUUCUCACGAACAACUUGCUCAAAUUGUGCGACAUCAUUUAUCGUCUUUAUCAAAUAUGUUUCAGCCUAAAGCACUUGAAUUGGCUGCACGUAAGGUAGCUGCUGUUUCUGGUGAUGUGCGACGUGCUCUUGAUAUCUGCAAAAGAGCUGCUGAAAUUGUUUCAUCUAUUGGGAAAGGUAACAAAGAAAUAGAUAUUUCGCAUAUCAAUGCCGCUUUAAAAGAGAUGUUCACUACACCGAAAUCAGAAGCUAUAUGUGCUUGUUCAUUAUAUGAGAAAUUGUUUCUUCGUGCUGUUAUAGCUGAAUUUCAGGCGCGUUCAACAGAAGAAGCUCGAUUAGACCGGUGUAUUCGUCAAAUGUUUGCACUUUGUCGACUUGAAGGUUAGUGAAUUUCUUAUAACCACUUCUGAUAUCGCUAACAAAAGUCAACACAUUUACAUUAUAUGAGUAGUUACAGCCCACUCUUACGCUAAUUUUAUUCACCGAUUUUGUAACAUUUAUUUUUCCUCAUUCGUCUAUCAAUUAUAAUUAGAGUUCGCAUUCGUCAGUGAGUUCUUUCUGUGAAUAUUCCCAUCGAAAUCCCUCACCUUUCCAUUACGAUCCUAGUUCUAGUAUAGGAGAUAUAUGUGAAAUAAUCACUAUUUGUAUUAGGAUACAAUUAGGUGCACCAUUGAUGUUAGUUUAACCUUCCCGUAUCAUAAUUUAUAUGGCAACUUUUAGACUCUUUGGUGGUCGAAAAUUAACUACUGGCCUUUUUUUGGUCAUCAGUGACAAAUACAAGUUUAUGCUGAGUAAUAUUGUCACAAUAAGUUAAUUGUUCACCAAGGGCAUUAUUAAGUCAAGGACUUUCAUUUAUAUCAAGCUUUUUGGUCCUUUUCAGGUGUUCCAUGUCCAACUACAUCAGAAGUAUUUGCUAUUUGUGCUAGUCUUGGAGCUCAUAAGCUAUUGUUAACUGAAAGAUCGCGAUGCGAUAUUUCAAUGCUUGUCCGUCUCAAUUGUACAAAGUCGGAUAUAUUAUACUGUUUAAAUCAACAACCUGACUUAUAAAUCUAAAAUAUACUGAACGAAUUACUCUAAACUUAGAAAGAGAUGUUUUAAUGGACGAUUAUCCAACCAAUCAUCUGUAUGUUCGAGAUUAUAUUUGUAUUUUUCAUUUCAAAAACGACAUACUGAUGUUCAUGCAUUUCAGUAAAUUUGUCGGUAUUAUAUUUAAUUGAUUCUAGUCCAUGUUUACAACUUUACCAUGGAUAAAAACUAAGAAUUUUUAUUUGUUUUUUAUGAAUCAAUGCAGUUAAUAAACUAGAUUAGAACUAGUUUAGCAUAUUUCUAUUAUAUCUAUUAAAUAAGCGUUAAUUAACUCUCCCAUUUCUCGAUAAUCCCACAUAUUUCUAAAUUCUUUUCUUAAAUCUGCUCAAAUCACUUUUUACUGACAAAUUUUUUAGUUGCAAUAUGUUAUUGUUUUAGGCCAGCUUUAACCGAACGAAAGUAACUAUAAAUUUAAAUUCAUCUUCCUAAUGAAUAGAUGAUCGUUUUCAUGUUUCUUCUUAAAAAUGUUUGCUUUGAGUCAUUCUACAACAGUUUCAUAGCUAAGUUGUCAUCUAAAGAACGCUAUCUCAUUUAAAUCUGACAUAAAAAACGUUAAUUGAAAAAUGUGAAAAUAAAAUACUUCUAUGUAAUUGAGAACCAUUUUCGAUGUAAUACGAUAGUUGACGCAUUGAAAAAGGUACUACGUUGUUACUGCGUUUUUCACUAACCCGUCACCAUUAUAAUUCCACUAGAUUUAUAGUUAGACUACACGCCACGGUUGCAGAUAUUGCAUUUAUUAGUGAGAAGCCGUGACCAGUGGAGUUCAACCGGGUCUGUUGUGAGAUAGUAAGUCACUUAAGACAAUGAUUGGCGGUAGCGCAGUUUCGUAGAUUGGUUAAAGUUAGACAUUAACACCGCUAGAUGGCGGCUCAGUGAUCUAAAGGUUAGGCGUUCGCGUGCGAAACUGAUAGGUCCUGGGUUCGAGUCUCACGGGGCGGGGUCGUGGAUGUGCACUGCUGAGGAGUCCCAUACUAGGAUGAAACAGCCGUAAAGUGCUUCCAGGUUUUCUAUGGCGGUGUAGCUUCAAUUAACUCAUGCAUUCAGUUAUUAAAGCUAAUUAUAUCAUGUAUGAGUAAGCCUAGUGGCUCUCACCGAUAAUCAGAUAUAUCUACGGGAAGCGUACGUCCCACCACGGCUUCAUCACGUACAUAAAAUAACCACAUUGCUGAUACGUUAGAUCAGUCGAACUUAGAUCAAAAGAUAACCACACACUAUUGACCAGAAUUCAACACCAUUGCUUAAGGGAGGACACGCAAGUGGUUGAAGAUAUGAGUCUCUUUUCUAAGGGACAAAGCUGUGUGAACGGAUGAUUAUACAUAUAUUUAUAGGUUCGGUUUAACCAGCAAACCUUCAUAACAUGGACUAAGUCUUGAAUAGAUUAAUAAAAUAUAAGGUUGGGAUCAUACUCUUCGUAUAAAGUGCCUUCACUAAGAUAGAUUAUUUGACCCAAAAAGUACAAAAAAUAAUAUUGAUAGUUUCACAUGUUUGGGAUUUAGAAACUAUUAAAGAAGCCUUGGAAUAAGUUGUGAUACAGAGUAGUUGCAGCAUUAUUUUCAAGAAAUAUUUGAUAUUACUAGGAAUAGCAGGAUCGCCAAAUUACACGGUGUCGCUAUAAUCAAAAGGUAUAUACUUCAACUAAUCUCUCAAGUAUUGGCAUAAUUGUAAGGACAUGCUUCACAUUUACCAGUGAAAAGAAAUGUCAAACGAUCGUCAUAUUAGUUCAUAACCAACUUUUAAACAAAGAAAAUAGUAUUCUUAUAUAUUUCAUGCACUGUUUCGAAGCCAUGGAUAGUUCCGCCUACGCUACUUAUCACUUGUCAAUAAAUUACUCAUUCAAUAUUCUCUGACUGCUAGUGGAUCAUUGAAAAAGAUUUAAAUAUAUUGUGCUAGUAAGAACUACAACUACUUGCAUCAAGAACUUUGUGGUAUUUUAUUGUUUAGAAAUUUAGAGAUGCUAGAAAAACAAUGAGAUACACUAAUUUGUUGUAGUUCAUUCAAAUAUGAGAAGUGAUUCUCGUAAACUUAAAAAUAUGUCGGCUAUAGAUCGUAUCUUUGAUGCCUAAUUUGUUCUAUUAUGACAUACUGUUACUACCUCUAUUACUCUGGAAUUUGCCCUGGCAAUUUCAUCUCGCUGUGCUAAUGUGGUGUGGCAACUUGAACCAAUGUACACACGUACCUGGUUCUGUGUUUCGUGUAACUAAAUGACUGGAAUCAACUUUGCACAAUUAACAUCCGUUAAUCAUAUGGGAUUGAAAGACUAUUUACCAGACAGCACAAAUAAUUCAUCCUUUCAUGAAUCUAAUGAAU